CUGUGGAGUGUUUGAACUGCCCUCUCCGUCCCACAAUGCUUCGCGGCACUCGGCCUUUGAAAAACCGGCGCGGCUAAUUCAAGAUGGCGGAGCUCGAGCAGCUGUUAGACGAGAGCUCUUCAGCUAAAGCCCUUGUAAGUUUAAGAGAAGGAAGUUUGUCUAAUACUCUAAAUGAGAAGAACAAUUUACCAAAAUCUCAGACCACCAGGGGACGGAGCAGUUACGUUUCUGUGGAAACUCCAACAAGGAGCUCAAAGAGGAGUCGACUGUCCUGUGAGGAUGAGGAGCGGCCACUUGCCUCCAGAUCUCCCAGGAGAAGCCAGAGGGUCACCACUGUGCCUCAGAAACUUGCAAAUGUCACAACACCAGACAAAAGGGCUUCACAGAAAAUUGGACUGAGACUAAGAAACUUGCUCAAACUUCCCAAAGCGCACAAAUGGUGCAUCUAUGAAUGGUUCUAUUCAAAUAUUGACAGGCCUUUAUUUGAAGGAGACAAUGACUUUUGCCUGUGUCUGAAGGAGUCUUUUCCUAAUCUAAAGACCAGAAAGUUGACCAGAGUUGAAUGGGGAACAAUCAGAAGACUUAUGGGCAAACCUCGAAGAUGUUCCUCAGCAUUCUUUGCUGAAGAGCGAAUGGCUCUGAAACAGAAGAGGCAGAAGAUGCGUCUCCUGCAGCAGAGGAAAAUCACAGAUAUGUCUCUAUGCAAAGACCUGCCAGAUGAGAUUCCUUUGCCCUUGGUCAUUGGCACUAAAGUUACAGCUCGUCUUAGGGGUGUCCAUGAUGGCCUGUUUACUGGUCAGAUUGAUGCAGUAGAUACCAGUGCAGCAACGUAUCGUGUGACCUUUGACAGAAAUGGGCUCGGCACACACACUGUUCCUGACUACGAAGUGCUUAGUAAUGAACCUCAUGAGACGAUGCCCAUAUCUGCUUUCGCUCAGAAACAGAGGCCACCUCGUUUCCAGAACUUUCUGACCCCACCCCGCGGGUCCUAUCCCGGCUCAACCCAGUCCAUCUUAAUGGAUAAUGACCCUCUGUUCAGUCAAUCCCCCUGGAGAAGUAAACUGACAGGAACUGAUGGAGAGACACUGGGUGGCUUUCCUGUCAAGUUUCUUGUGCAAGUGACACGCCUGUCCAAAAUCCUCAUGAUUAAAAAAGAACACAUAAAGCAUUUGAAGGAGAUGAACACAGAAGCUGAGAAGCUGAAGUCCUAUUCCAUGCCGAUCGGAUUGGACUUGCAGAAGAGAUAUGCCACAACAGUACUGGACCUGGAACAGCUUAAUAAAGACCUCAACAAAGUCCUUCAUGAAGUAAAGCAGUUUUGCUAUGAGCUGGCUCCAGAUCAGGGCAUGCAGCCUGCAGAUCAGCCCAGUGAGUUGCGACGGCGCUGUGAAGAAGAGUCACAGGAAGUUGUGCGUCAGAGUAAUGCAUUGCCUGAUGGAGAGCAACGUGUCCAGAGCCCCAGCCUCACCCAACUCGUCUCUCGUCUUACGGCACUCCUCCUGCAGAUCAGGUGUUUGGCCGAAGGAGGAGACUUGAAUUCAUUUGAAUUCAAAUCACUCACAGACUCUCUGAAUGACAUAAAGAGUUCAAUAGAUGACUCCAACCUGAGUUGUUUUCAGGAUAAUGUGGAGAUCCAUGUAGCACACAUACAGAGCGGGCUGAGCCAGCUGGGUAACCUCCAUGCUUUCUCUGCCAACAACACCAACAGAACGUGACUGAAAUAAACUUGCACACCUCCCAGUCUCAAAUACAGACAGCGACGCACCUCUUCAGCUCAUCACUUUGUUCUUUUGUGUUCAUUCUGUUUGACAUUUAUGAAAGGUCAGAAUGUAUGUUCAGUAACUGUACCUGCACAAGUAGUGUUAAAAUUCUCUGCCCGACACCAAAGUGUCUGAAGAUGUUCAACUAGCUAGCAAAAAAAGUGGAGUGUGAAGCUGUGUUGUAGAUGUAACUGUUUGAUGUCAUUUCAGCUGUUGCUUACGUUCAAUUUGAUAUUUAAGUUUCCCCUUAUUUUUAUUAUUGGUGGUUUCCAACUAGGGUGUAUUUCGAAUGACACUCCUGAUUGGUGCAGUUUGUUGGACUGAAACUAUUUUGUAUAAUUUUAUUUCCUCUGUCUAUUUCUCAAAGUGUAUAACUUUGAAUGUCCUGAGAGAUGAGGUACUGUUCUGUCUGUUUUAAACGGUUCUGUAUGUUUUAAAUAUGUACAUUGUAGAUAACUGUACAGUUCACUCAAAAUAUAUCAAUAAAUCGAUCAUAUAUAGGGUAACGUGGACAUUUUUUGACUUGCCAGAUUUAGGUAUUUUUGCAAAGCAACCAAUCUGUUUAUACAAGUCCUGUAAUAGACAGCUGUGUGGAAUGAAACAGUUUGUCUUGUCCUUAGAAGAAAUAAUCACCCAAAUGCCCCACUGGUGUAUGUUUUAAAUGCGUUCAUUUUCUGUGGGGUUGUUUUUUUUAACCUGUAAGUGUAUGCAUGAGACAGACGUUUGUAAAUAAAUUGAUUUCUAUUAUCUUCAUAAAGGCUCAGAGU